GUUGACCAAAUUCGACACUCUCAUUGACGUCCAUACAAGAAUUCAUCGCUUGGUGAGCGAAAUAAACGAAACAACACCACCUGCUGGAGAAGAUUGAUGUUUGGCCUAGUUGUCCCUCGCUUCGCCUCUUCCUCUCUGGCUCGUCACAUCAGUGUUCUAAUCAUUAGCCGUAGUUGCCUCCCGGUUUCGUUACGUUUUCUUCCGUUUAAGAACCUUUCCCGCAACAGAAUCUGCGUAAUUAUUACACCCCAUGGCCAUGUAGCGACUGCUCCACUUCAAAACAAACAAAAGCAGUAACGUUUUGCCAGAAGAGGAUUGCAAGGAAGGUUUGUGAGAGUGAGUACUGUUACUAGCAAGUUAGCUAGCUACCUAAUUUGCUCCUUUUUCGAAAUCGAAUUCAUAAUUACAAACGUAUAGCUAGCUAGCUAGCUAGCUAACUGUAGCUUAACUAGCUAGCUACCUGUAUGUGUCCAAAGUGACCGUUUGGUGGUCGUAAUUACAAAUAAUCUCAAUUCUAGCUACCAGUACUGUAGCUAGCUAACAUUUGUUGUAGUAGCCAGGAUCAUCAACGUUAGGUGAAUGUGUUCAUUCAUCUAGUGAGCUAGCUAGCUAUCCCAGGCUGUUUUGCUUAAAACAAUUAUGCACAGAUCUUACAGCGUUAAGUAUUUGCCAUGUGUUUAAGCUAGAUAACUAGCUAGGCUAUUCACCAUAGUGUCAUCCAUCGGGGUUCAAUAUAAUUAUUAUUUUUACUCUUUCUAUUGAUCUGAACAUUGGGUCCAGUUGAUUAUAAGAGGAGUAUUUUUUGGGCUUUAGUAGGUACUUCACACCAUAAAAGGUCUGGGCUAAAGACUCUCUUGCAGCUUUCCUGCCAACCAAGCAAGAAGUCUAGCCAUUUAUGGGCUUUUGCUUCAUCUCAGCAACAUUACAUAUUCGUGAGCAUGGAUAGGUAGGCAGAUACUACAUGCAUGCUGUAGAUCUGUUAUCUCAAUGUAGAGAUUGAGGGGGAACAGCUCAAGUGAAGUUUGAACUAGUGACCCAGUGGUUAUAGGGCAAGUGAUCUUCAGAGAGAAAGGGGGAGAAUCAGAAGUGGGCUAAUUGGGUGGUUGUCAUGUGCAAACAGAACUAGAAUGAGGAUUCUAUUUCUAUGGUCGUGUGUCAGGUCUGUUCCAGAAAGAAGUAGGUCCAGACUGAUCCAGCUAAGGAGUGAUACUGAGCAGAUACAUGGAUAGCCAAGUAAGACAACCUUUAUUGCUCACCCUGUGUGUCUGUUUGUGUGUGUGUGUAAUGCGUCUAUAAUGAUGUGUGUGUGUGUGUUCGCUCUCAGAUGAAGCAGCGUGUCUUCACUGGGGUCGUGACCCAUCUCCAGGAGCAUUAUGGGAUGGUGGACCAGGAAGUGCGUUUUCAGAAGAGGUACAAAGGACUAAUAGCAAGUUCCAGUUGUUAUGCCCCAAUCUCAAAUGGACCCCUAACCCCCUAUUAUACACAUGUAGAUUUGAGAUGCUUGGAUUGGUAUAAGCAAUAUAGCUAAAAUAACACAGUCUUAAUUUACUAAAUUAUUCAAUUCUAUGAGGUCAUUCAACGGGGUGUAAACCCUUUGUGUGCUGUGUUAACCCUGUGUGUACUGUGUUAACCCUGAGUGCUGUGUUGUUAACUCUGUGUGUGUCAGUGUGGUGAAGGGGAGAGUUCCGGCGCUGGGGGAGAGGGUGCUGGUGAAGGCUGUCCUGGAUCUGUCUCAAUCCCACAGCUGGAGCGCCCAGAGAGUACAGACCCUCACAGAACACACACAGGUAGAGUACAGACCCUCACAGAAUACCCACAGGUAGAGUAUCUGUAGGUAAUGUAGAUUACUGUAGGAGGACCAGGCAGUGAUAUUAUAGAAUUUCAUAUUUCACCUGAGUGGUUGAUUUGUUGUUAUGUUAACUAAUAGUGUGUCAGACAAGAGGGCUGAAUAGAGAGACAAAGAUAAAAAAGGAAAGGUCAACUCUUUAUCCUCUUUCUUCCUCAUCUCUUCUCAGACGUCAAAGUUUCCUCGUCCUCUCCUGCCCUCCAUGAUGCCUGCACACGGACAGAAACCGGGCAUUCUGGGUAGCAAGCCGCAGCCUCUCCUCAAAUCUCCCAAGAUCCCUCCUCUCAUCCCCAGCAUCCUUCACACUGUGGCCAAACGUGAGUGAACCUGUCCCAAAUCACACCCUUCUCUCCAUAUAGUGCACUAGUUUGGCCACCGAGGGCCUUUUAAUCCACCAAGGUCCUAGGGUCACAGAAAGGCCAUUUUCAUCCACAGAAGAUGUGAACUAUAUAGGGAAUAGUGUUUAUUGAUUUAUUUAUACUCUCUCGCUCUCAGCGGGGUUGCUGCAGACUCCAUCAUGGGGGGGGCAGUUUGAGGGCUGGGGCAGAGGCAUCAGGAAGAGACCUGCUGAGGCAGGGAGACGAGACCGCCGGUGAGUUUGUCUGUAUGUGUGUGUGUGCAGUAUGUGUGUGUGCAGUGUGUGUGUUUUGUCUCUUUGUUCACAUCAGAGGAAAAUCGAUUGUCUGCAAUAUUAUGCUGUGUGUGUCUCAGGGAGGACAGUGGAGUGAGGGGUUGUGACCAGAAGAGGAGGAGGUGGAAGGAGGAGGAGGAGAAGGGAGCUCACCACAAAAAGACCUCCCCUACCCCACCUCAAAGUCCCGCCCUCUUCUCCUGCUUCCCCAGGGAUUGGUGAGUCCACUUGUCAUUUAUUCAUUUAUCCAAUCAGUCAAUCAAAGAAUCUGUAACUCUGGUAAUCAAUUAAUCUCCACCCCUUUGUCUCCCUGCCGUCUCCCCCAGUGUGUCCUGUGACAGUCUAGAGCUACAGCGUCGCUACCCCCACCUCCCCCUCCCCCCAUCUGUCUGCCACCUGUCAAUCAGUUGGAUUGACAGCUUUCCCUCCUCCCAGCCCCUCCCCUUCCCCCUCCCACAGCCCUGCCUUUACCACAUAGGCCCCGCCGAGCCCGACCAACACACACACAUCGAGAGAGAGGGCGCGGAGUACACUGUAAAGGUAAAGCACACCAAACACACACUCUGACUCUCACUUUCCCAUUCACCACCUGUGUGUCUUGUUUGCCUACUGGAUGGUGUGUGUGUGUGUCACACAGGUGCUGCUGCUGUCCAUGGCCAGUUCAGAGGAACUGUACAGACGGUGCUGUGGGCUGCAGGACCAGAAAGAACAGCAGGGUGGUGCUGUGCACCCUGCCUCUCUCAUCAAGGUGAGGACGGUUACGUUGUGACUGGGUACAGCCCACUAUUCACCUCAACUUUGGUCAAAUCAUAAUUACAUACUAAGUACAUCAUCUCUCUCUCGCUCUCCCCUCUCUGUCAGUUCCUGUUGGGGGAGGUAGGGGGUGAGUUUCGGGCCCUGGGGGGUCCGUGGUGUCUUGAGACAGAUGGUGGCGGUCCCAGUCCGCUGAAGGACCCUCGGGCACUGCUGAGGACAGCCCUGCGCUGUGUGAGGGAACAGAGUGGACUGGACCUCAGCGGCUGCUCCCAGUGGUCAGUACACACACUUGCAUGUUCACGGUCACACACGCACAUCACACAAGCACAUCUUUAUGCUCACACACUCUUUUGACUCUUACACAUAUACACAGGUAGUACACCAGCCAGUCAAAUGCUUGUUUUGGUUUUCCCUUUUCAGCUCUGUGUGUGGCACUCCAUUUACAAUGGAAUGAACAACUCUCUCUCUCUCUCUCUCUCUCUCUCUCAGGUAUAAGAUGGCUGAGCUGAGCUAUGUUUGUGAGGGGAAGGUGGAGACAGUGGUGUUUCUGUUACCUGAUGUCUGGCGGAUCGUACCUACAGAGGAGGACUGGAGCACACUCAGGACUCAGGAGGUGAGUGUGUGUGAGAGAGAGAGUUGGAUACAUUUCCUGUAGUAGUCACAUCUUUACCUGGCUACCCAUCCACAUGGCUCCGGCUAAACGCCACGCCCACUAAUGUUUCUUCUCCACGAUGAGUCUGGAUUUGAUCUCCUCCCCGACGACUUCUCCAAUGCGAACAGAUUCAAACCAUUCUGAUUGGUCCCAGAAACCGAUGGGUUGGGACAGACCUUGAACACACGUGGGUAAAGCAGCGUUUCGGAAAUAGUCAUUGGCUUUGAUACUCUGAUUGGUUAGAGACGAUCUAAUCUCUGAUUACUUGUUUUGUACAAUGGCCCUCACUUUGACGUCACCACAAACGACUUCUAGGAUGGCAGUCUGAAUGUAUGUAGCGGAAUUACAUUCAGUAUGAGUCAUCAGGCAAGUCACAACUCACUGCCAUUUUAAAGCUGCCUUGUGCGUGUUUGUGUCUCCGGUCUCUUUGUCUAUCAGGAGGAAGGGGCCCCUCUCCCUGCUGCUCCCUGCCUGGUUGCAAGGCCUCGUCCUGGGCUAGCCCUCUGCCCCGUCCCCCUCUCCUCUCUCCUGGAGCCCCACACCUCCACAACCAAGGAGGCCUUUGAGGUAAAGUACUCCCCUAGCCCACACUGCGUUACACUGAGAUAUACUGUACUAAUCUGCUUUGGAGUAGGUUAGUUGUCAUGAUACAACGUAAAUUAUUAUACGGACCUCUCUCUCUCUAGGUGGGCUUGCUGGCAGAGUUGUUUUGUGAGAUGCUUCAGAGGGACUUUGGUCUGCUGCUCUACCGCUGUCUCUGCUCUCUAACGCCUACACACACACCCAUGGUACACACGGUACACACACACACACACCCAUGGUACACACACACGGUACACACACACAAACACACACACACACCCAUGGUACACACACACACACACACACACACACACGGUACACACACACAAACACACACACACACCCAUGGUACACACACACAAACACACACACACACCCAUGGUACACACACACACACACACGGUACACACACACAAACACACACACACACCCAUGGUACACACACACACACGGUACACACACACAAACACACACACACCCAUGGUACACACACACAAAUAAACAUGUUACCAGUUUUUUCUUCUCUACACCUGAUUUAGUCCUGCUUACUUUCUCCUCCAAUCUCUUUUUCAGGAGGAUGAACAGAUAAAGCACGACAAAAAGCAGAGAAUGCGGGAUGAGAGGAGUAAAAGAUUUCAGGAAAGAGGAGAGAGCCGAGGGAGAGCAGCGGAGGAUAAGGAGGAGACUGAUGACGAUGGAGAAGAGAUAGAUGAGAAAGAAACAGAAGGAGAGGUAGAACGAGAAAGAGGUAUGAAGAUCUGAAAAGACUGGGUUGGGGGAAGUUAAAUGCCAGAAGCUGUGUACUAAAAUUGCUUUCUUUUUUCCUUAUUUUUUUCCAGAAAUGUUGGGAGAGGAGGGAAUUACUUGUGAGAAUUCAGACUCCCUCUUAAAGCACAAUGUAAGACCUACAUACACUGUAAAUACUAGGGUCCCUCAAGAAAGAAAGCUACUAUACUUCAUAGAAUAGCUGUGGGAAGUAGGGGUGUUGGAGGGGAUGCAGCACCCUCAGAUAAAUUGAAAUAACUUUGCCAAAAAUGAUAUUACUCCUGUCUGAACAGACAUACAUAAAAGCAUUCAAAAUACUACACCAGGAGCAUUUAGCCACAGAGGAUCAAUAGCGUCUAAAAAAAAUAGCUGUGGAUUUAAGUUUGAUCACAAGCACAUACACUGAGUAUACCAAACAUUAGGAACACCUUCCUAAUAUUGAGUUGCACCCCCCCUUUUGCCCUCACAACAGCCUCAAUUCGUCAGGGCAUGGACUCUACAAGGUGUCGAAAGCAUUCCACAGGAAUGCUGGCCCAUGUUGACUCCAAUGCUUCCCACAGUUGUGUCAAGUUGGCUGGGUGUCAUUUGGGUGGUGGACCAUUCUUGAUACACACGGGAAACUGUUGAGCGUGAAAAACCCAGCAACGUCGCAGUUCUUGACACAAACCGGUGCGCCUGAAACCUACUACCAUACCCCAUUCAAAGGCACUUCCAUUUUUUGUCUUGUCCAUUCACCCUCUGAAUGGCACACAUACACAAUCCAUGUCUCAAUUGUCUCAAGGUUUUAAAAUCCUUCUUUAACCUGUCUCCUCCCCUUCAUCUACACUGAUUUGAAGUGGAUUUAACAAGGCAUCAAUAAGGGAUCAUGGAUUUCCUCUGUAGCUCAAUUGGUAGAGCAUGGCGUUUGUAACGCCAGGCUAGUGGGUUCAAUCCCCAGGACCACCCAUACGUAAAAAUGUAUGCACGCAUGACUGUAAGUUGCUUUGGAUAAAAGCGUCUGCUAAAUGGCAUAUUAUUAUUAUUUCACCUGGUCAGUCUAUGUCAUGGAUUGAGAAGGUGUUCUAAAUGUUUUGUAUACUCUGUGUAGAGUCAGAAGGGCUGCAAUGUGGGCAGCACGUGAGCCAAAUAUACAACCGCUUGUUGCUUUGUGGCCAUAGACAUAUCAUCCAUAGAAGGGUUUGGAACUUCUAACCCUGGCAAUUUGACUAUUAAACUCAUGGGUACACUAGCAAUGGCUGCCUGUACUGACUUGAAUGGGAACUGCCAUCUAUGGAUUAUAUUUCUAAGCUUGGUUGCGGCUGUCAGUUUUGCCUUUCGCAUAUUUAAAAAAAUACAAUCACGGGAAAAACGUACAGUUUGGAAUGCAAAUGUCUACUGCUGAAAAGAGAAGACUAAUCUGUCUGUAGAAGCUAAAACAUUAUUUCUCAACUCCGAAUUUUGAGUGAACAGCACUGUUUUUCAAAGUAGCUUAUCCCCAGUGAGUAGCCUUCAUCUUCAGUGCCACUGGAAAGGUUAUUUAGUAGUCCUUUAGCCUAUAAUAAAUAUAUAUAUAUAUAUAUAUCUCCUUCUAAAUAUUGUACAAUCUGUGUCUUUUCAUUGGCCUGGGCUAUUGUUUGCAUUCAAUGUUUUUAUUGAUCUCAGUUUGUCAGUGUCUUCUGUCAUGUAAAUGACGUAGAAUUGCAUGAAAUGCAUUUAUAAAAGGCCCAAAAAAAUUAUAGAUGCAUGCAAUGCUUUAUUAUAAAGGGAUUCUUUUUUACCCCCCUCCCCCUUAAACAUAUUCCCACUGCUAUGCUUCAUAGUUUCUCAUAUCUCUCCCCUUUCUAACUACCUCUCUCAAUCUCCCUCUUGCUCUCUCUUCCUCCCUCUCUCUAGGUGCUGUCUCGUAGGGUGUUGUUGGCCUGUGUGUUCUUUGACAGACGGCUCACUGGCAGCCUCAGACAAGCAGACCUUCACAACAUCUUACUGUCACUAGGGCUGUGGCUCACACCCACCCAAGUCCAGGUGGUGUUGAAUAAGGUGUGUGUGGAGGGACAAUGUCCAUACAGGAUGCUAGCCUCUCGCUGGGAGGAGACGGAACACACAGAACCAGACAUCAGCAUGGAAGGUUGGACACACACACACACGUUCAGUAUUUUUCUGAGUGUUAUCUAUGUGUCCCCAAUGGGUGAGGACCGACACACACGCACACACUCACGUUAAGUCUCUGUGUGUUCAGGUAACCGUGGGUUGUUUCGUGGAGCUCCAAAGAAGGAGAAGGCAUCUGGCCGGAAGUCUGGGGGGUCCAGGGGGCCAACUGCAGCCGUGGGGGCUGAGGUGGUCUCCUACAGGGGCAGUGUGGUCAACAUCCCCAGCCUGCUACAGGCCCUGGAAGCAGCAGACAGAACACGGAACGCCCUGGAGCUACGCAUCGCCACCCUACAGGACGCACUGGGUACUACACACACAUUUCUCUAAUUUUUUUUUCUCUCUCUCACACACGUACACAUGUUAGACUCUUAUUAUAUAUCUUGUUAAUUUCAUAGACUUAGAUGGCUAACCCUAUUUUCUGCCUCUACCCCCUCUCUCUGUUCAUCUUUCUUCACCGUCCCUCGCUUAUUCUUUCUCAGUGGAUGCUGCGGCUGUCACUCAGGGCCAGGAGGAGGGUCUUGGCAGCAGGCUGGAGAAGGCGGAGCUUCGAAGCUCAUCCUAUGAGAAGAAGCUGAAGGAGGACGCUGGUCACAUGUUCGCCCUCAUCCACAAGAUGCAGGAAAUGGUCGACAAGGUGAGACGUUAUAGGUUAACGGUUAGAUAAACAGUCAAAUGUUGAUCAUGUGAGAGUGCACUGAUUGGUCUGCCUCAAAAUCCUCAAUAUGGAUUUGUUUCCCUCAGACGACAAGCCUGACCCAAUCAAAAACAGAGACAGUGGAUGAAGAGUACUGAUUGGUCGGAGCAGAACAGAGAAGUGAAGAUAAACUUGAAAGAUUACACUACUACACACACGCACCAGCCGGAUUGACAGGGAUGAGUGAGUGACUACAAACACAUACAGUCUUGACCGAAAUGUAUUGGCACCCUUGAUAAAGAUUAUCAAAAAAGACUGUAUAAAAUAAAUAAUACAAUUACUGAGCUAUAUUGUAUGCUCCCACAUUUAAAAAAAAAGUAUAUUAUUUUAUACUAAUACAACUGCUUAAAGAAAGAGAUUUUGUUUUUCUCAAUAAGAUGGGAGUCAAAAUUAUUGGCACCCCUCUUUUCAAUACUCCGACACUCUCCCCUUGUAAGGAUAACGGCACUGAGCCUUUUUCUCAAAUUAUUUAUGAGAUUGGAGAACACAUUGGUAGGGAUCUUAGACCAUUCCUCCAUACAGAAUCUUUCCAGAUCCUUGAAAU